GGACGUGAGCGGAGCGAAGCUGGGCAGGGUUAUGGCAGAAGUGGGUAGCUGCGUGACCCUCAGAUUCAAAAUAGCAGAUCUUGGUAAUGCAUGUUGGACUCAUAAACAUUUUUCUAGCGAUAUUCAAACACGUCAAUACCGCUCUCCUGAAGUUAUCGUUGGUGCCGGCUAUGAUAGUAGUGCUGACAUAUGGUCAUUUGCAUGCAUGAUAUUCGAACUAGUGACGGGCGACUACUUGUUCGACCCCAAGGCCACUGA